AUGGUAGAAAAACUGAACCCAAAUGACAAGAUCAGAGCAGAAAACGAGGCUGGUAUCUCUUCUCUUCUCCUCUUUCCAUUCGAAAAAGUCUUGUUUAAAUUUAUGACCCGUUAUGCUGAUGAUGGCCUAUCGCAAGUGGAAGAGAAACAAGCGGCAAAGAAUGGUCAAAAUAAUAGUCGGGAUGGCUUAAUCGCUAAUAAUAGGGGUCAGGUCAUUCGUUGCAAAGACAUCGAGCGAUCGGUCGGUGACUGGUGCCUGAAUGGUUCAUCUUCCGCAUUGAAUCGGAAAAGUGAAAAGUCUUCCAGGAUUCUGGAGCAUGUCGAAAUAUAG